AUGGAUUCUGGCUAUGAUAUUUCGAGGGUACUGUUCAAUACCACUUCUUAUAGAUUUGAUGCAUUCAAUGGGAUUACAAGAGGUGGGUUUGUAUCAACAAAUUCUUUGGUUCUAGAUUCUGAGAAAGAAGAACUAGUGAAGUCGCCUCGAAAUAAAAUGAAUGGAGAGAAAAAGAUGUGUGAUGGUACCAAAACGUUGAUGGCUUUGAAGAGUCAUAGGGAAGCUGAGAGGAGAAGAAGGAGCAGAAUCAAUGGUCAUCAUGCAAAACUUCGAGGACUUGUCUCAUGUCCUUUAAAGAUGGACAAAGCAACCUUACUAGCAGAGGUUGUUAGGCAAGUGAAGGAACUGAAAAAGAACGCAAAUGAAGAAAGCAAAGGUUAUCUAAUCCCCAAAGAUAGUAAUGAAGUGAAAGUUGAAAUUGAACAAUGUGAAAGUGGUGGAAUAGAUGGAUCAAUUCUUUACAAAGCAUCAAUCUGCUGUGAGUAUGGACCAGAGCUUCUAUCUGAUCUAAAGAAAACUCUUGAUACACUUCAACUGGAUUUGGUAAGGGCGGAAUUUAAUGUUCAUCAUGCACUUACUUCUGUUUUGGAUAAGGCUUCUGCUUCAAUGGAUUAUGAAUUAAAACUACCACCACGUCCUUGCAUGCAGCUUCAGCACACUUCUGGUUUGGUAGAUACUUUUUCGGAUUUGUCAUUUAACUUUUCAUGA